GCGCAGGGGGUGCAGCUUUGACAGCCCCAGUGCCUUUCCCAACAAUUCCUGCUUCAGUCCAGAGCCACAAUCUCCAGGCCCGCUCAUGGACCCGCUGACAAAGGCAACCUGUGGAAGUCAGAUGGCGCAGACUCUGCUCUGGAAAGCCAAGUCAUCCCUGUCCUUCGGCAUCCAGCCCCUGCAGAUGUGGCCCACGAAAGACCCUGAAGUAGAGUCCCAGGUCAACCUCUCUGUCUCGGAAGACCUAGGCUGUAGACGUGGGGAUUUCAGUAGGAAGCAUUAUGGAUCUGUGGAGCUGCUUAUCUCCAGUGAUGCUGAUGGAGCCAUCCAAAGGGCCGGCAGAUUUCGCGUGGAAAAUGGCUCUUCAGAUGAGAAUGCGACUGCUCUCCCAGGCACUUGGCGAAGGACAGACGUGCACUUAGAGAACCCAGAAUACCACACCAGAUGGUACUUCAAGUAUUUUUUAGGACAAGUCCAUCAGAAUUACAUUGGAAACGAUGCAGAGAAGAGCCCCUUCUUCCUAUCAGUGACGCUUUCAGACCAGAACAAUCAGCGCGUCCCUCAGUAUCGGGCAAUCCUCUGGAGGAAAACAGGGACCCAGAAAAUAUGCCUUCCCUACAGCCCCACAAAGACGCUCUCUGUGAAGUCCAUCUUGAGUGCCAUGAAUCUGGACAAAUUUGAGAAAGGCCCCAGGGAAAUCUUUCAUCCUGAGAUACAAAAGGACUUGCUGGUUCUGGAGGAACAAGAGGGCUCUGUGAAUUUCAAGUUUGGGGUGCUUUUUGCCAAAGACGGGCAGCUCACAGAUGAUGAGAUGUUCAGCAAUGAAGUUGGGAGCAAUGCUUUUCAGAAGUUCUUGAAUCUCCUGGGAGAUGCGAUCACUCUAAAGGGCUGGACAGGCUACCGCGGUGGGCUGGACACCAAAAAUGACACUACAGGGACCCAUUCAGUUUACACCGUGUUCCAAGGGCAUGAAAUCAUGUUCCAUGUUUCCACCAUGUUGCCGUACUCCAAAGAGAACAAACAGCAGGUGGAAAGGAAGCGCCACAUCGGGAACGACAUUGUCACCAUUGUGUUCCAGGAAGGAGAGGAGCCUUCCCCUGCCUUCAAGCCUUCCAUGAUCCGCUCCCACUUCACACAUAUUUUUGCCUUAGUAAGGUAUGAUCAACAAAAUGACAAUUACAGGUUGAAAAUCUUUUCUGAAGAAAGUGUGCCCCUCUUUGGCCCACCCUUGCCAUCGCCCCCGGUGUUUACAGAUCACCAGGAAUUCAGGGAUUUUUUGCUAGUGAAAUUAAUUAAUGGUGAAAAAGCCACUUUGGAAACCCCAACCUUUGCCCAGAAACGUCGAAGGACUCUGGACAUGUUGAUUCGUUCGUUACACCAGGACCUGAUGCCAGAUUUGCAUAAGAACAUGCUAAACAGGCGGUCCUUCAGUGAUGUCUUACCCGAGUCACCCAAGUCGGCAAGGAAGAAGGAGGAGGCUCGCCAGGCAGAGUUCGUCAGAGUCGGGCAGGCACUAAAACUGAAAUCCAUCGUCAGAGGGGAUGCACCAUCAAGCCUAGCCGCUUCUGGCAUCUGUAAAAGAGAGCCUUGGGAGCCCCAGUGCUUUUGCAGCAACUUCCCACAUGAGGCCGUGUGUGCGGACCCCUGGGGCUCAGCCUUGCUGGUUUCCACGGACGCUGGUGUCCUGCUAGUGGACGAUGGCCUUCCGUCUGUGCCGGUGUUCGACAAAACUCUGCCCGUGAAGCAGAUGCACGUGCUGGAGCCACUGGACCUCCUGAUCCUCCGAGCUGAUAAAGGCAAGGAUGCCCGCCUCUUUGUCUUCAGGCUCAGCGCAGUGCAGAGGGGUCUGGAGGGCAAGCAGGGCCCAAGGAGCAAAUGUGACUGCAGAGACAACAAGCUGGAGAAGACCAAGGGCUGCCACUUGUAUGCCAUCAAUACUCACCACAGCCGGGAGCUGCGGAUCGUGGCUGCCAUCCGCAACAAGCUGCUGCUCAUCACCAGGAAGCACCGGUCGGGCGGGGCCCCCACAGCACUGCUGUCGCCGCCUCCGUCCGAGUCCCCGGUGGAUGAAUUCCAGUACAUCAGGGAGAUCUGCUUGUCCGAUGCACCCACCGUGAUGACGCUGGUGGACGGGCCCAGUGAGGAGAGCGACAACCUCAUCUGUGUGGCCUAUCGGCACCAGUUCGAUGUGGUGAAUGAGAGCACGGGGGAGGCCUUCCGGCUGCACCACGUGGAGGCUAGCAGGGUUAAUUUUGUUGCUGCUAUUGACGUGUAUGAAGAUGGGGAAGCGGGGCUGCUGCUCUGCUACAACUACAGCUGCAUCUAUAAAAAAGUUUGCCCCUUCAACGCUGGCUCUCUUCUGGUUCAGCCCUCAGCAUCUGAUUUCCAGUUCUGCUGGAACCAAGCUCCCUACGCCAUCGUGUGUGCAUUCCCCUACCUCCUGGCCUUCACCCCUGACUCCAUGGAGAUCCGGCUGGUGGUGAAUGGGAACCUGGUCCACACGGCAGUGGUGCCCCAGCUGCAGCUCGUGGCAUCCAGGUCAGACAUAUACUUUACAGCCACCUCUGCAGCCAAUGAAGCCUCUUCUGCCAGCAGCUCCAAGGGGAACAGCGCCCACAAUUCUCCUCAGACUCCCCCAGGCGGGGACGCACCUGUAUUUCCUUCUUCCCUGGGGGAAGGUGAAAAUCAGUCCAAAAAUCUGUACAAGAUUCCGCUCAGAAACCUGGUGGGCAGGAGCAUUGAGCGGCCUCUGAAGUCGCCCUUGGUGGCCAAGGUCAUUACCCCACCCACUUCCAUCGGCCUGGGCAUCGCCGCCAUUCCCGUCACGCAUUCCUUGUCCCUGUCCCGCAUGGAGAUCAAGGAAAUCGCCAGUAGAACCCGUCGGGAGCUGCUAGGCCUCUCUGAGGAGGGCGGACCCCGACCCGAAGGUGCUCCAAAGGCCAAAUCCAAAACCCGGAAGCGAUUAGAAGGAAGUCAAGGAAAUCCCAAGCCAGGGACCAUGCGAUCAACUAGCAGUGACAGGAUCGCCCCAGGCCCCUUGGAAAGUCCCUCUGUUCCGGAGGCUGCUCCCGAGGCUGCUCCCGAGGGCCAGUCCCUGGAGACAGGCUCUGAGCUGGAGCCGGCAGGCAGCCCUGACUGGGGCACGAAGCCCUUUCCACUGACCAUCUCCUCGGAGGAAGACACGAUUGACUUGAAGUAAAGCUGCUCACCCACACCUCUCCUUCCAUUCCGAGGUCUCGCCUCCUGAACCCAUUCCGACAUCAUGUCUCAACUCCAGUGUGACUUUCAGCCUGUCUGUGCUCUCCUGGACUAGCCCCACUGCACACCGCCAGUGUGGGGCUCUCCAGUGUCCGGUGCGUCGCUCGCAGCCUUUCUUCCUUCCCGUCCAGGAGCACGCGUCCCCGGUAACCACGGUGGUAGAUUUCAUUGAGGUUUUAGAGUAAAACUUUGAAUAAAUCGAAAAUGUUCAUUCUUACUGCAA